AUGCUGCUUCGGGGUUUGCUUCUGUUAAGUCUGAUAGGGAUCUAUCUAAUACCAGGAAAUGAGGGUUUUUUCGACUUUUUCGGUGAAUACAGAGAUAUAAUGUCAAACUGCCGUAGAGAUGGUGGAUACUGCAUUAAUCCCUACAGAAUGGCUGCUUCUGAACAGGAAACCGAGGAACCGGCCGCGGGGGCAGGAGGGGCAAACGGAGCCGCUGGGGGACGAGGGGCCGGCGCCGGUAGAGGAGGAAGAGGUGGGCCCGGAGCCAGAGGAAGGCCCCCUCCCAGACGAGUCGAUUUCUGGGGAGUAAUCUACGAAAACUGUCUCUCCUGGGACUAUGACUUUGGUUGUAACAGACAAGGCGGCAUCUGCUGUUACACCUACUAGACAUAGAAAAGGUAGAGCUUCAAUCUUUCUCAGAAGUGUAUGUGAAGUGGGUCCUAUUGCACGCCUCGAAUCCAUCGAAUCGCACCAACUCAUCAGUCCAAUACAGCCGGGAACAUCGCCUUUAGACGCUCUUUGUAUUGAUAUAAUACAUGUAUAUAUUAACCAGGACCAAGUUUGUUAUCAUUG